GAGAUUACCCAAUUUGAUGAUAUUCUGAUCGCUACCUACACAGACACCUACCAGAAUCUGACUCUAAAGACCAUCGUCAACCUACGAUUUGUGCAGUACAACUGUCUACACAGCAGCCCAUUGUUCGUCUUCCUGGAUGAUGACCAUGGGAUCAAUGUGACACAGCUACAUCGUGUGCUCUCAAAGUACUCAGUUUCGGAGUUGCGUAGAGGCAUCUUCGGUGCCAUCUACCCGAGGAGUCGGGUGAUGCGAAGGGCUGAGCAUAGAUGGUUCACGCCCAUCGCAGCCUACCCCUUCCCCCUGUUUCCAACUUAUGCGAACGGGCCUUGCUACGUGAUUGGGGCUGAUCUCAUUCGCAAACUCUCCAUCGCCUCCGCCUUUACACGUCCACUGCCCAAUGAAGACGUCUAUGUGGGCAUGAUGUUGUUCAAGCUGGGAGUUGCCAUUCACCCUCUGCCCAAUAUGUUCAUCCACAAACGGCUAGAAGCCACCAAUGCAUUCCCUCUGGUGGCAGUGUUGAAGCAUUUCGUCCGAGUCCUUAACAUAAAGUAG